GGGUCUCUCUGUGUGUGUAUCCUACAGGGGUGGGGUAUCCAGCGAGUGGUCUCCACCUCCAGCUAGUGCUGCUGCGGCGUCCCGCGGCCUCCCCGAGAAUCAGGCGGGAGGGGAGAGCGGGUGUGGAUUGGUCUUGACGAACUAAGGUUCCAGAUGGCAAAUUCUAUGAAUGGCAGAAACCCUGGUGGUCGAGGAGGAAACCCCCGAAAAGGACGGAUUUUGGGUAUUAUUGAUGCUAUUCAGGAUGCAGUUGGACCUCCUAAGCAAGCAGCAGCGGAUCGCAGGACUGUGGAGAAAACUUGGAAACUCAUGGACAAAGUGGUCAGACUGUGCCAAAAUCCCAAGCUUCAGUUGAAAAAUAGCCCACCAUAUAUACUUGAUAUUUUACCUGAUACAUAUCAGCAUUUGCGACUUAUAUUGAGUAAAUAUGAUGACAACCAGAAACUUGCCCAACUCAGUGAGAAUGAAUAUUUUAAAAUCUACAUCGAUAGUCUGAUGAAAAAGUCAAAGCGUGCAAUAAGACUCUUUAAAGAAGGCAAGGAGAGGAUGUAUGAAGAGCAGUCACAGGACAGACGAAAUCUUACAAAACUGUCCCUCAUCUUCAGUCACAUGCUGGCAGAAAUCAAAGCCAUCUUUCCCAAUGGGCAGUUCCAGGGAGAUAACUUUCGUAUCACGAAAGCAGAUGCUGCUGAAUUCUGGAGAAAGUUUUUUGGAGACAAAACUAUUGUUCCAUGGAAAGUAUUCAGACAGUGCCUUCAUGAGGUUCAUCAAAUUAGCUCUGGCCUGGAAGCAAUGGCUCUGAAAUCAACAAUUGAUUUAACUUGUAAUGAUUACAUUUCAGUUUUUGAAUUUGAUAUUUUUACCAGGCUCUUUCAGCCUUGGGGCUCUAUUUUACGGAAUUGGAAUUUCUUAGCUGUAACACAUCCGGGUUACAUGGCAUUUCUCACAUAUGAUGAAGUUAAAGCACGACUGCAGAAAUAUAGCACCAAACCUGGAAGCUACAUUUUCCGGUUAAGCUGCACCAGAUUGGGACAGUGGGCCAUCGGCUAUGUGACAGGGGACGGCAAUAUCCUACAGACCAUCCCGCAUAACAAGCCCUUAUUUCAAGCCCUGAUUGACGGCAGCAGGGAAGGAUUCUAUCUUUAUCCUGAUGGGAGGAGUUAUAAUCCUGAUUUAACUGGAUUAUGUGAACCCACACCCCAUGACCAUAUAAAAGUUACGCAGGAACAAUAUGAAUUAUAUUGUGAAAUGGGCUCCACUUUUCAGCUGUGUAAAAUUUGUGCUGAGAACGACAAAGAUGUCAAGAUUGAGCCUUGUGGGCAUUUGAUGUGCACCUCUUGCCUCACAGCAUGGCAGGAGUCGGACGGCCAGGGCUGUCCCUUCUGUCGCUGUGAAAUAAAAGGAACAGAGCCCAUAAUCGUGGACCCCUUUGAUCCAAGAGAUGAAGGUUCCAGGUGCUGUAGCAUCAUCGACCCCUUUGGAAUGCCCAUGCUGGACCUGGAUGAUGAUGAUGACCGAGAGGAGUCCUUGAUGAUGAAUCGGUUGGCAAAUGUUCGAAAGUGCACUGACAGGCAGAAUUCACCAGUCACAUCACCAGGAUCCUCUCCCCUUGCACAGAGAAGAAAGCCACAUCCAGAUCCUCUCCAGAUCCCACAUCUAAGCCUGCCACCAGUACCUCCUCGCCUGGAUCUAAUUCAGAAAGGCAUUGUCCGGUCUCCCUGUGGCAGCCCAACUGGUUCACCAAAGUCUUCUCCUUGCAUGGUGAGAAAACAAGAUAAACCGCUCCCAGCACCACCUCCUCCCUUAAGAGAUCCUCCUCCACCUCCACCUGAGAGACCUCCCCCAAUCCCACCUGAAAAUAGACUGAGUCGUCACUUCCAUCACGUGGAAAGUGUGCCUUCCCGAGACCAGCCAAUGCCUCUUGAAGCCUGGUGUCCUCGGGAUGUGUUUGGACCUAAUCAGUCAGUGGGAUGUCGGCUCUUAGGGGAUGGCUCUCCAAAGCCUGGAAUCACAGCAAGUUCAAAUGUAAAUGGAAGGCACGGUAGAAUGGGCUCUGACCCUGUGCUUAUGCGGAAACACAGACGCCAUGAUUUGCCUUUAGAAGGAGCCAAGGUCUUUUCCAAUGGCCACCUGGGAAGUGAAGAAUAUGAUGUUCCUCCCCGGCUUUCUCCUCCUCCUCCUGCUGCCACCCUCCUCCCUAGCAUCAAGUGUACUGGCCCGUUAGCAAAUUCCCUUUCAGAGAAAACCAGAGACCCAGUAGAGGAAGAUGAUGAUGAAUACAAGAUUCCUUCAUCCCAUCCUGUUUCCCUGAAUUCACAACCAUCUCAUUGCCAUAAUGUAAAACCUCCUCUUAGGUCUUGUGAUAAUGGUCAUUGUAUAUUAAAUGGAACACAUGGUACAUCUUCAGAGAUGAAGAAAUCAAACAUCCCUGAAUUAGGCAUAUAUUUAAAGGGAGAUGUUUUUGAUUCAGCCUCUGAUCCAGUGCCAUUACCACCUGCCAGGCCUCCAACUCGGGACAAUCCAAAGCAUGGUUCUUCACUCAACAGGACGCCCUCUGAUUAUGAUCUUCUCAUCCCUCCAUUAGGUGAAGAUGCUUUUGACGCCCUCCCCCCAUCCCUCCCACCUCCCCCACCUCCUGCAAGGCAUAGCCUCACUGAACACUCCAAACCUCCCGGCUCCAACAGCCGGCCAUCCUCAGGACAGGACCUUUUCCUUCUUCCUUCAGAUCCCUUUUUUGAUCCAGCAAGUGGCCAAAUUCCUUUGCCUCCUGCUAGGAGAUUACCAGGUGAAAAUAUCAAAUCCAACAGAUCAUCACAGGACUAUGAUCAGCUUCCUUCAUCUUCAGAUGGUUCACAAGCACCAGCCAGACCUCCUAAACCACGACCACGCAGGACUGCACCAGAAAUCCACCACAGAAAACCCCACGGGCCCGAGGCAGCAUUGGAAAAUGUUGAUGCAAAAAUUGCAAAACUCAUGGGAGAGGGUUAUGCCUUUGAAGAAGUGAAGAGAGCCUUAGAGAUAGCCCAGAAUAAUGUGGAAGUGGCCCGGAGCAUCCUCCGAGAAUUCGCCUACCCGCCUCCAGUCUCCCCACGUCUAAAUCUAUAGCAGCCAGGACUGUCCACACCAGCAUGGCAAGCAAUCGAUAUUCCAGGACUGUGGAAAAGAGACAAGUGAGAG